AUGGCAGCACGGUCUUGCAACCUCCCUACGACCAGGCCACUGCCAAACCAUUGGUUCGCAUCCGGCGGAACAAAAGAGGAAAUAUCUCGUUGCGGUGCGUUCUCCUCUAGGAAAAGACAAUACGAGGAUGCGACAGAUCACUUUUCCUCCACCCAGUUUGAAAAGAACAUGGUUUGCAACUACAUGGAGGAUGAGCUGAUUCUCCCACCUACUUACCCGGCCAAGGUGUUUAGGAGUGGUUUGCCCAGUACGAAUAGUAGAGAGUAUGGUCAUAAACUUGAGCCUCACGGUCUUUCCCGUUCCCCUUGCUGUCAAAAGGUGGAGGUGGCGAUUAUCCUCAUGCACCUCUCGCGCCAAUCAAAUGCAGUGCCUAGCCAGUGUUCUGUGUCCGGUGUCCCACAGUAG